AUGGCGACAAAAAAAAUCCGGCUUCCACCGUUACCGUCAGUGGGAGAUCUUCUAAAACUCUAUCGCCUGAGAGCACGGAAACAAUUGGCGCAGAAUUUUUUGCUCGAUGAGAGAAUAAUAAACCGGCUAGUAAAUCAAGUCGGGGGAAUUCAAAACUCUCAUGUACUGGAAGUUGGUCCUGGACCUGGAGGUCUCACGCGUUCGAUAAUAAAGAAACUACCGGCGAGUCUGACAGUGAUUGAAAAAGACCGUCGAUUCAAACCGACGCUGGAGAUGCUUGCGGAGACCUUGUCGACAGUGAAUGGUAAAAUGAAUAUUGUCUAUGACGACAUACUGAGGACUGACUUGACUAAAGUAUUUCCUGAGGAGUGUCAUAGACCGUGGGAUUGGAAAUCCCCGCGGGCUUACAUCAUUGGAAAUUUGCCGUUCAAUGUCUCGACGCACUUGAUCAUCAGGUGGCUGGAUUUGAUUUCUAAAAGAGCGGGGCCUUGGGCUAGUGGAAGAAUCAAGAUGUGCUUGACUUUCCAGAAGGAAGUCGCGGAACGACUGGUCGCUCAGCCGCAGUUUGAUCAGCGCUGCAGGCUGUCUGUUAUGGCCCAGGCUUGGACUACACCUAAGUUAUGUUUCACUAUUCCUGGGAAUGUUUUUAUACCUAAGCCUGAUGUUGAUGUUGGUGUUGUUACUUUUGAGCCUCUGAUUACACCUCAAACUGAACAUGAUUUUGAUUUCUUUGAGAAAGUUACUCGUCAUAUGUUUUCCUUCAGACAAAAAUAUUCAUUGGCAUGUGCUAGAACACUAUUCCCAAAAGAUUAUCAUGAAGAUUUAGCAGUUGUAAUGUUCAAAUUAGCAGACCUAGACCCAACCACACGUGCUUUCCAGCUGACAGUCGCAGAAAUGGAUCGUCUUUGCACAGCUUACAAAUAUAUCAUCGAAAAACAUCCGGCAGUUAAGGAUUAUAAUUACCGAGCUUCGAAAAAAGUACUGACACGCGCCUGGACUAAGAAGAUUUACGUCCGCGAAGUUGAAGAAGACGAAGAGAUUGAAGAUGAAACAGCUUCCGAUGAAGAAAACGAUAAUUACGCUAACUUCUGCAAAAACUCCAGUUCACGUACAAUCGAGCAAGGAUAAUUAUAUAGUGGGUUUAUUAUUAAUAUUAUUAUUUACAGUCAUUUAAAAAUAUUACAUUUCUUUUUAAUUAUAAUUAUUAUCAAUUUUUAAUGUAAUAUAUUUUUUUUGAAAAAAUUUAUAAUUUGCAUAUUAAAAAAAAUAUCAAUGUA